UGCUGUAACUUCUUUAAUUGUUUAAUCGGGGUUUGAAAAUCCAUUGCAUAAUUUCUAUUUUUUGUUCUGAGAAGCAUCCCUUUCUGUGUCAAAGAAUGGCAUUCGUUGUCAGCCUUGUCUUUUUGUCAAGUUGGGCAGCUGUAGCUUUUACAUUCCCUCAUAAUAUUUUUGACAACAUUGUGAAAGGGUCAAAAAUCGAAUUUGAAUCAUCUGGCGUCGGACCGGAUGAACAGGUCCGGGGAAUAGUUAAGGUUGUGCAGCUGGACCCUCGUGCCCUGGCCCAGUCAGGGUUCUUCAGAAGGGGACUGACCCCAAGAAGAGCCCCCUCCCUCAGCUCCAGAUUGUCCUUCCCUGCUUUCUUGUCUCAUGGGCGUCCAGGUCCAGCCUCUGCCCCCAAGACCCCAGUGAGUCCACUGCACCACCUGCACCCUAAAAGCCCCACUGAGAUGGAACUAAAGAACAGGCAAGGCCUGCAGAUGUGGCAGAAAGCAAUACAUAAAGGAGAGAAGAUGACCAUGUCUCUGCCAGUCAACCUGAAGGACACUAAGCAGACGUGCUCUGCGGUACCUUUCAUUCAGCGUGUAACAGCCGAUGGAUGCGACACAGUAACAGUGCACAACAAGCUGUGUUUCGGCCAGUGCAGCUCCCUGUUUGUCCCAUCCGAAGGGGAGUUUGCAGGUCUGGGUAGUACUGGGAUGGGGGCCCUUAACCACCGGGCCCCCUGCUCCCGCUGCGCCCCAUCCAAAGCUCACACUGUGGUCGUGCCCCUGCGCUGUGGAGCCGAGGUCAGGGAGAGACGAGUGAUGGUGGUGGAGGAGUGCAAGUGUGAGACGAGUCGCGAGGAAAAGAGAGCUGAGGCUGGAGCUUCCACACACCUGUUGUAACAAAAAUACAUGAUAUAUUUAUUUCCUUCCGUGAUUUGCUACAGUUUAAAUAACAGAAUAGAGAGACACCAUUUGGACUGACUUCACUGUCAAGAUAUGGACGUGUGAUAAUUAUUUAGACACUUGUAACCAGUAUUACAUAUGAAGUUGUAUGUGUAUUUAAAUUUGUAUUUGAGGCUGAAUUUGCGUUUAUUCAGAGUAAAACUUUCUGGUGUUUUUCCACCAUUGAUUGAUGACAAAAUGAGCUAUAUAUUAGUCAUGCAAUUUUCUGUUGCAACAGAUGGAAAUGUCCACAUUGGACUUGUGUUAAUGUGUUGAAUGAAUGAAUCUAAACAGAAAUAUUGUAAUCUGUAAAACCGUCAUUAAA